AUGGGUGACUGGAACUUUCUGGGGAAACUGUUAGAGAAAGCACAAGAGCACUCCACAGUUAUUGGCAAAGUUUGGCUGACGGUACUGUUUAUCUUCAGGAUCUUGGUCCUGGGGGCUGCUGCUGAGGAUGUCUGGGGAGAUGAGCAAUCAGACUUUACAUGCAACACCCAGCAACCUGGUUGUGAAAAUGUCUGCUAUGAUGAAGCCUUUCCCAUCUCCCAUAUCCGCUUCUGGGUGCUACAGAUAAUAUUUGUGUCCACCCCAACCCUCAUCUAUCUAGGCCAUGUGCUCCACAUUGUACGCAUGGAAGAAAAAAAGAGAGAGAAGGAAGAAGAGAUGAAAACAGGAAACAGCAGGGAUGCUGUCGACAUGCAAGGAUCAAAAGGAGCUAGCAGUGCUGAUAACAUCAGUAACAGCAAGGAGCCACCUCCACAGAAAGAUGAGAAAUUACCACUUCGCAAUGAGCAUGGCAGGAUUCGCAUGGCGGGUGCUCUACUACGCACCUACGUCUUCAACAUUAUUUUCAAAACUCUUUUUGAAGUAGCCUUUAUUUUGGGUCAGUAUUUCCUUUAUGGCUUUGCACUGAAACCACUAUACCGUUGUGGUCGCUGGCCCUGCCCAAAUACAGUGGACUGCUUUAUUUCACGACCAACAGAGAAAACUAUCUUUAUCAUCUUCAUGCUGGCCGUGGCCUGUCUCUCAUUGCUGCUCAACAUGCUUGAGAUGUAUCACUUGGGGUGGAAGAAAUUCAAACAGGGUGUGACUAGCAGCCAAAACCAUGCAGCACCUACCUUCACGACCACUGUACCAGCUUUAGAAGUGGAGGAAUCCAAGCCUGUCUCCCUGUCAGCCUUGCCCCCAACUACAGCACCUCCUAUGGCUUCCAUUAUCAUGCCUGAAACUCGUACCAUCACACCUCUGGUUUUUCAGCAAACUGGGUUGCCACAUUAUGCGGAAGUUGCCUCUGAACCACAACCAGGCUCUGUUACGACCUCUCUGGCUGGCUAUCCUGACAGGCCUUCAGCUAGUGAGGAGAGGCAGAAAGCCACCAGGCACACUGCAGUUUCUACUCCAAUAGCAACAACAUCUUCUAUCCCUUCACCUUUGCCCGUUGCCAGCUCCUACUUCAACAGCCAUACUUUGGCUCAUGAGCAGAACUGGGCUAAUCUAGCCGUUGAACAGCAGAGGAAAAUCCCUGCCUCCAGCUCAGCUGCCUCCUCCACCCCAAGCAGUUUCCGACAAUUGCAUCCAGAACAAGAGGAGCCCAGCGAGCACCCCCCACGUCCACCAUCUUCGUCACCUGUAGCUGCUGCCAAUAGCAGCAGCAUCAGUACCAGCCUGAGCGAGGGAAGUGGUAGCAAGUGGGAUGGAGAAGGUGAAGAGGAUGAACGGCCCAUGUCAGCUACCUGCACCCUGGUGGAGAUGCAUGAACCCCCACUGCUCAUAGACACACGUCGCUUGAGCAGGGCUAGUAAGUCAAGCAGCAGUAGAGCCAGAUCUGAUGACUUGACCGUGUAG